AUGGUUAAUUUUUUAUCAAAUUUUUUUAUAAUUUUAAUCACAAUGAUUAUUGUAAUAAUAAAUACUAUGCCACUUGAUAAUCCUGAUAAUGAAACAACAAAAAUAGUUAAAAAUAAUUGUGUUAAAACUUCAAAUAUGUUUGAUGUUUUAAAAAUAUAUCCAAAUGCUGUAUUUCCAACUUUAAUUGAUAUUGGAAUGUGUUCUGGAACUUGUAAUGUUAAUAAAAAAAUUAUAUUUGAAGGAAAAGAAAUAUGGGAAAAAGAAACAAAUAAAUGUACCAUAACAAAUUUCAAUUUCCUUACAAUUUACCUUCAUGAUAAAGCAUCAAAUAAAAUAGUUCCAUUUCAAAUUCAUGAACUUGUCGUAAAUGAAUGUGGAUGCAAAUUAUAA